AUGGCCGACGCUUUGGCUACGUUGGCUUCCAUGAUCAAAGUAAAUAAACAAGAGGAUGUGAAGCCUAUCCAAAUAAGCAUUUAUGAUGCUCCAGCCCACUGUUGUAACAUUGACAAGGAAGAAGGAAAAGAUGACUACCCUUGGUAUCAGGACAUAUUGCGAUAUGUGAAAAAUCGUGAAUACCCAAACCAAGCAACUGAGAAUGACAAGAGAACGUUGAGGAGGCUGGCUAGUGACUACGUCUUAGAUGGAGAGAUCCUGUACAAAAGAGAAAAGGAUCAGGUGCUGUUAAGAUGCGUGGACGCUAUGGAGGCCAAGCAAAUCUUGGAAGAAGUCCAUGAUGGUGUUUGUGGAACAGACGCCAACUGUUUCACAAUGGCCAGACAAAUCAUGAGAUUCAGAUAUUAUUGGUCUACCAUGGAAGGAGAUUGCAUCAAUAAGUGGGUAGAAGCUACUUCUUACGCCAAUGUCACAAAGGCAACCGUCAACAAGUUUCUAAAGAAGGAAAUCAUAUGUCGGUAUGGAAUGCUCGAAAGGAUAAUAUCUGACAAUGCAUUGAACUUGAACAAUAGCACGAUAGCAGAGGUCUGUAGUCAAUUCAAGAUCAAGCACCACAACUCAUCACCAUAUCAUCCAAAAAUGAAUGGCGAGGUGGAGGCAGCUAAUAAGAAUAUCAAGAAGAUUGUGGGGAAAAUGACUGAGACCUAUAGAGAUUGGCACGAGAAGUUACCGUUCGCCCUCUAUGCUUAUCGAACGUUUGUUAGGACUUCCACCGGGGCAACACCAUUCUCUUUGGUUUAUGGAAUGGAGGCAGUGCUACUAAUUGAGGUUGAAAUUCCCUCUCUUCAAGUUUUAUCAGAAUUAAAGUUAGACGAAGCAGAAUGGGUUCAAUCCCGAUAUGAUCAGCUGAACUUGAUCGAAGAAAAGAGGUUAAGAGCUAUCUGUCAUGGUCAAAUGUACCAGAAACGAAUGAUACGAGCUUACAAUAAGAAAGUUCGUCCUAGGAACUUCCAUGAAGGGGACUUGAAGGAGUUCUGCAUAUUACUCUGA